UAUGCCCACCUCUCGCCGCCUCACGGAGGAGAAAAAAAAAGAAGGCAGCCAUUGUUUCAUUUCAUCCCGAACUCCCGAUCGCUCGCAAAGAAGCUAGCUUUUAGCAUGGCGUCAGUGGCGUUCGGCAGCACCGUGGCGGCGGCCGUGGCGCCGACCUCGGGGAGGACGCGGCCAGCGCGGCGGUCCGUGCUGGCCGUGCCGCCAGCCGCCACCAGGGGCGGCCCGGCGCCGGCCAAGGAGGAGAAGGGGCUCGGCGAGAUCAUCUUCGGCUUCAUCUUCAAGAAGGACCAGCUGGUGGAGACUGACCCGCUCCUCAACAAGGUCGCCGGCGCGUCAGCCGCCGCAUCCUCCCGCGCCAAGCCGCCGCCGCGGGGCGCCGCUACCACCUCCGGCAAGAAGGCUGCCGCUGCCGACGACGGCGGCAGCGGCGGCGGGUUCAACCUCCCCGGCCUCGGCGGGUUCUUCGCCAAGAAAAGCAGCUGAACGUGUCCAGUGUGCGUGGUUUACGGAUUGUCGAACUCAAAGCUGGAUUUGGCUUUGAGGGGGAAAAAAAUUGGCUGCGCAUAUAUACGUGUGGUGGUGUGAGGUUACUCUCGCUCCCCCAAAAACUCAAGUCAUCUUUGAUGUCAUAUAAUGUGAUAUAUUUUUACUUCC